AUGACUCCUAUUCAUAUAUGUGCUGCAGCUGAUCAUGGUGAUCUUUUAGAAAUUUUAUUAAAACAUAAUGUUGAUAUUAAUUUACUUGAUGAUCAAGGACAAACUGCAUUACAUCAUGCAGUUAAAAAUGGACAUUUGAAUGCUUGUCGAUUUUUAAUUACUCAUAAAAUUGAUACUUCAAUUGUAUCAUCUUAUGGACAAACAGCAUUAGAUAUGGCUUCAGUAUCGAAUAUUCAACAAUUAUUAAUGACAUAUGAAAAUGAAAAAGUUAUAUUAACACCAAAUAUAACCGAUCUUCAAUUACAAUUACUUGAAGCAUCAAAAUCCGGUGAUCUUGAUGUUGUUAAGCGUGUACUCACUUUCAAUCCAUCAUUAGUUAAUUGUCGUGAUGUCCAAGGUAGAAAUAGUACUCCACUUCAUUUUGCUGCAGGAUAUAAUCGUAUACAAGUUGUUGAAUAUUUAUUAGCAAUGGGUGCUGAUGUAACAGCUAGAGAUAAAGGUGGUCUUGUUCCUUUACAUAAUAGUUGUAGUUAUGGUCAUCUUGAAGUAACAGCACUUUUACUUAAUAAUGGUGCAUCAUCUCAAGUAACUGAUUUAUGGAAAGUCACACCAUUACAUGAAAGUGCAGCUAAAGGAAAAUUUGAAAUAUGUAAAUUACUUAUUAAAUAUGGUGCUGAUAUAAAUAAAAAAAAUCGUGAUGGUGCAAUACCACUCGAUUUAGUUAAAGAUCGUGAUAGUGAUGUAGCUGAUUUACUUCGUGGUGAUAGUGCUAUUUUAGAAUUAGCUAAAAAAGGAAAUUUAGAACGAUUAAGAAAAUUAUUAACACCAGAAAAUGUUAAUUGUCGUGAUCCAUUAGGACGAAAUAGUACAUCAUUACAUUUAGCUGCUGGAUAUAAUCAUUAUGAAAUAGCACAAUUUUUAUUGGAAAAUGGUAGUAAUCCAAAUGCUGUUGAUAAAGGUGGAUUAAUAGCUCUUCAUAAUGCAUCUUCAUUUGGUCAUGUUGAUGUUGCUACUUUAUUGAUUAAUUAUCAUUCCGAUGUUAAUGCUCGUGAUAAUUGGUCAUAUACACCUUUACAUGAAGCAGCAUCUAAAGGUCGUACUCAAUUAUGUUCUUUAUUACUUGCUCAUGGUGCAAAUCCAUAUCUUCGAAAUCAAGAUAAUCAAACUCCAUUAGAUUUAGCUACCGCUGAUGAUGUUAAAUCGUUACUAUUAGAUGCAAUGUCAACUCCAGUAACUCCACCAUCACCAACUGAUAGUCAUUGUCGAACAACAUUAACACUUGCAACUCGUGAAACAACAUCAAUACUGGGUGCAGAAACUAAUAAUAAUAAUAAUAAUAUUAAUUCAAGACAACGAUUAUCAUCUGCGUCAAGUUUACAACAAUCAACUAUUCAACGUCAUUUACCUAUUGGUGAUGGUAGUAUGAGUUUGAUAACAGAUGAUGAACGCCGAGAACAAGCACUUCAUAUGACAAUGGAUGAAUUUUUAAGUUUAUGCCAAUUUCAAUUGAGUCAACAACAAGAUUCUUUAAGAGAAUUAUUUGAACGUGAACAUAUAACACUUGAUAUACUUGCUGAAAUGACACAUAAUGAUUUGAAAGAUAUUGGUAUUGUUGCUUAUGGUGAACGACAUAAAUUACUCAAAGGUAUUGAACGAUUAUAUAAACAAGCAAAAGAUCCAUGGUCAAAUAUACCUGAUAGAGGAUCAAUUUUUAUUGAACUUGAUUCAAAUGAUCAAGAAUAUCGACUUGUUGAAGAUGCAUUACAAAGUACUAUUCGUGAACAUAAAGAUAAUUGUGGUGGAAUAUUUACUCGUUAUGUAGUAUUAAAAAUUGAAAAAAUACGUAAUCGGCGUUUAUGGGAUCGUUAUUGUCAUCGUCGAAAUGAAAUUCAAGAAGAUAAUAAUGGUCAUGAAAAUGAACGUUUACUUUUUCAUGGUUCACCAUUUCUUCAUUCAAUUAUGCACAAAGGUUUUGAUGAACGACAUGCAUCUAUAACUGGCAUGUUUGGUGCAGGUAUUUAUUUUGCAGAAAAUUCUUCAAAAUCAAAUCAGUAUGUUUAUGGUAUUGGUGGUGGAAAUGGAUGUACAUUACAUAAAGAUAAAUCAUGUUAUUUAUGUUCAAGACAAAUGCUACUAUGUCGUGUUUGUCUCGGACGAUCAUUUUUACAAUUUAGUGCAUCGAAAUUAGCUCAUGCACCACCUGGCCAUCAUUCAGUUAUAGGUCGGCCAACACAAGGUGGUCUAGCUUAUCCCGAAUAUGUUAUUUAUCGUGGUGAACAAGCUUAUCCUGAAUAUUGUAUUACAUAUAAUCUGUUAAAUCCAGUGAAUAACGACAAUGAAUAA